AUGCACGGAAUGCGCCCGGAUAUGGCUGCGAUUCCACAGCCUCUGCACCUCCCUCUCUCUUCCCUUGUCGCUACCAACUCGUCUACCCUGGCCCAAACAAACAGAAUCAUGACAUUCCCCGAAGGAACCUCGGUCAAAUUCCCCGUCGGAAACGGCGAGUUCAAUAUCGGUACUGUAAAAGCGUUCGAGGACGGAAAAUACCAGAUCGAAGUCCAGGUCGGCGAGAUCACCGAGCUCAUCGAAGCCGAAGAGGCGGAUGUGAAGGAGUUUAGGAUUGAGAUGUCGAGGCGAGAUAUUUUUGAUUACCUCAAGUGA